AAAGCCUCCAUAAACAUGCAGCUCCACUGGCCUCUGGAGCAGCUGCAGGGCGAGCGGGUCUGGCUAUGGGAGGACGAGCAGUACCUUCCCGGCUCGGUGUCGUCCUGCUCUGGAGGUGUCGUGGUCUUCGCCACGGACUACGGCCAGGUCUACACCUACAAGCAGAACGCGCUGACCAGGCAGAAGGUGCAUCCCAUGCACCCCAGCAGCGUGCAUGGCGUGGAGGACAUGGCGGCGCUGGAGGACCUCCACGAAGGCGCCAUCAUGCACAACCUCCGCGUGCGCUACCAGCAGCGCUGCAUCUACACGUACAUCGGCUCCAUCCUGGCGGCCGUCAACCCCUACCAGCCGCUGCCCGGCCUGUACGAGCGGCCGGCCGUGGAGCUGUACAGCCGCCGGCACCUGGGAGAGGCCGCGCCGCACAUCUUCGCCGUGGCCAACGAGUGCUACCGCUCGCUGUGGAGGAGGCUGCAGAACCAGUGCGUGCUCAUCAGUGGGGAGAGCGGUGCAGGGAAGACAGAAAGCACCAAGCUGAUCCUGCAGUUCCUGUCGGCCAUGAGCCAGCACUCGCUGGAGGCGUCGUCCAGAGACGGGACGUCGCACGUGGAGGAGGCGCUGCUGGAGAGCAGUCCCAUCAUGGAGGCCUUUGGAAACGCCAAGACCGUCUACAACAACAACUCCAGCCGCUUUGGGAAGUUCGUCCAGCUGCAUUUCAGCCAGAAGGGCAACAUCCAGGGAGGCCGCAUAGUGGACUACCUCCUAGAAAAGAACCGGGUGGUGCGACAGAACCCAGGGGAGAGAAACUACCAUGUUUUCUACGCCUUGUUAGCAGGAACCAACAACCAUCAGAGAGAGGCCUUUGGGCUGAGCCAACCUGACAGCUACCACUACCUGAGACAGUCCGGCUGCUUCGCCGACAAGACCAUCAACGACAAGGGCACUUUUCAAGAUGUUCUGAGCGCCAUGCGCACCAUGCAGUUCACCGAGGAGAACAUCGGGGAGAUCCUGCGCCUCCUGGCCGGGAUCCUUCACGCGGGGAACAUUGAGUUCAUGACGGCCGGCGGAGCGCAGGUGUCCUCCAAGUCAGCUCUCAGCCAGACGUCCGACCUGUUGGGCCUGAACUCGGAUCAGCUGGCCGAGGUUCUGACCCACCGGUCCAUGAUCCUCCGGGGCGAGGAGAUCUCCACGCCGCUCACCGUGGAGCAGGCCGUGGACUCCAGAGACUCCAUGGCCAUGGCACUUUAUUCUCAGUGUUUCAACUGGAUCAUCCGCAAGCUCAACAGCCGCAUCAGGGGCAGGGAGGACUUCAAGUCCAUCAGCAUCCUGGACAUCUUUGGCUUUGAGAAUUUCGAGGUCAACCGCUUCGAGCAGUUCAACAUCAACUAUGCAAAUGAGAAGCUUCAGGAGUAUUUUAACAAGCACAUUUUCUCCCUGGAGCAGCUUGAAUACAACAAGGAGGGCCUGGUCUGGGUUGACAUCGACUGGAUGGACAACGGAGAGUGUCUGGAUCUGAUUGAAAAGAAACUGGGCCUUCUGGCCCUGCUGAACGAGGAGAGCCACUUCCCCAAAGCCACAGACGGCACCUUGUUGGAGAAACUUCACAGCCAACACUCGAAAAACCCUUUCUAUGUGAAGCCCCGUGUGGCUGUGCACUACUUUGGAGUCAGGCACUAUGCAGGAGAGGUGGUGUAUGACGUGAGGGGGAUGCUGGAGAAGAACAGGGACACUUUCAGAGACGACAUCCUCAAUCUGCUGAGGGAGAGCAGGUCGGACUUCGUCUACGAUCUGUUUGAACACGUACUGAGCCGGAACAAACAGGACACCCUGAAGAGCAGCUCCAAGCACCGACGGCCCACAGUCAGCUCCCAGUUCAAGAAUUCUUUGCACUCACUUAUGGCCACUCUCAGCACCUCCAACCCUUAUUUCAUUCGAUGCAUCAAACCAAACACAAGCAAGAUGCCCGACCACUUUGACCAGACGGUGGUGCUGAACCAGCUCAGAUAUUCCGGCAUGUUGGAGACGGUCAAGAUCCGACGCACCGGCUUCCCCAUUCGCAGAGCGUUCACAGACUUCUGCUCCAGGUACAAGGUCCUGAUGCGGGGGCCACUGGCGCCGGAUGAGCCCAAGGACCGCUGCCUCCAGCUGCUGCACUUCUACGACAGCACUGGCGCCGAGUGGCAGCUGGGAAAAACCAAGGUCUUUCUCCGCGAGUCUCUGGAGCAUCGUCUGGAGAAGCAGAGGGAGGUGGAGGUGCUGAAAGCAGCCAUGACCAUCCAGGCUCAUGUCGUGGGCUACCUGGCCAGGAAGCAGUACCGGAGGCUGCUGCAGUGCAUCGUGGUCAUUCAGAAGAACUACCGGGCGUUCUACUGGAGGAGGAAGUUCUUGCUGCUGCGCUGGGCAACGCUGACCUUCCAGAAGCGGCUGCGAGGCCAGCUGGCCCGCCGGGCCUUCAGCCAGCUGCUGGAGGACAAGAGGAGGCGGGAGGAGGAGGAGCAGCACCGCAGGAGGCUGGUGGAGGAGAUGGAGAGGGAGAGGCAGAGGCUGGAGGCAGAGAGACUCGCCACUGAGGCUGAGGAGACCAGACGUCUGGAGGAGCUGUGUCGCGCUCAGGAGUUGGCCUCUCUGCUUUUGGCGCAGUCUCAGGCGGCCGUGGCAGAGUCCCGCCCGCCGGGCCGCUUGGAGGAGCUGCAGGCGGCGGCAGCGGAGGAGGAGGCGGCAGAGGAGGCGACGGAGGCGCCGGCGGAGGACGAGGGCGUCCGCUCUCACGAAGCUUCGCAGGUGGAGGAGAUCCUGCGGCUGGAGCGAGAGAUCCAGGCCCUGCAGAGGCAAAAGGAGCGGCAGGAGCUCUCCCUGACGGAGGCCUCCCUCCUCCGGCUCCAGCGCCUCCGGGACCAGGAGCUGCGGCGGCUGGAGGACGAGGCCUGCAAGGCCGCGCAGCAGUUCCUCGACUCGCUGAACUUCGACGAGAUCGACGAGUGCGUGAGGAACAUCGAGAGCUCGCUGGGCGUCGGCGCCGUGGAGGAGGCGGAGAAGGAGGGCAGGCGGAGGAGAGGCUCCGACGAGGAGGAGGUUGACGAAGGGUUCGGGGCCGACGACGAGGCCUUCAAAGACUCGCCGAACCCCAGCGAGCACGGCCACUCCGACGGGCAGCGGACCAGCGGGAUUCGAACCAGCGACGACUCGUCCGAAGAAGACCCGUACGCCAACGACGGCGUGGCGCCUCCGCUGCCGCCCGCCGCCCUGCUCCACCAGCCGCUGGCCGCCUCUGAGGCUCCGUCCGACGACUUGGUGGAGCUCAUCCCUCCGGACGAGGACUCGGACUACGACCAGGACGACUACGACGAGGGCGCCAUCGUGUCCAGCGGCAGCGUGGCCUUUUCCAACCCGCGCAGCGGACAGUGGUCCCCAGACUUCCGCGGCUCUGUCGGCACCUACAACAGCUCGGGCGCGUACCGCUUCGGCUCGGAGGGGGCCCAGUCCUCCUUCGAGGACAGUGAGGACGACUUCGAUAGGUUUGACACCGACGACGAGCUGUCGUACCGGCGGGACUCCGUUUACAGCUGCGUCACGCUGCCGUACUUCCACAGCUUCCUCCACAUAAAAGGCGGCCUCAUGAACACGUGGAAGCGGCGCUGGUGCGUCCUGAAGGACGAGACCUUCCUGUGGUUCCGGGCCAAGCAGGAGGCGCUGAAGCAGGGCUGGCUGCACAAGAAGGGCGGAGGCUCGUCCACGCUGUCGCGGCGCAACUGGAAGCGCCGCUGGUUCGUGCUGCGGCAAAGGAAGCUCAUGUACUUCGAGAACGACAGCGAGGACAAGAUGAAGGGGGUUCUGGACAUGCAUGACGUCAAAGAAAUCGUAGAUCACACCGGCAAAGAGAACGGCAUCGACAUUGUUAUGCCAGAGAGGACGUACCACCUGAUCGCUGAGUCAGCAGAGGACGCCAGCCACUGGUUCAGCGUGCUGAGCCAGGUCCAGAGCUCCACAGAGCAGGAGAUCAGAGAGAUGCACGACGAGCAGGCAAAUCCCCAGAACGCUGUGGGAACGUUGGACGUGGGGAUGAUCGAUUCGGUUUGUGCUUCAGAUAAUCCGGAGAGGCCAAACUCCUUUGUCAUAAUCACGGCGAAUCGUGUGCUGCACUGCAACGCCGACACGCCCGAGGAGAUGCACCACUGGAUCACGCUGCUGCAGCGCUCCAAGGGCGACACGCGCGUGGAUGGCCAGGAGUUUAUCAUCCGAGGCUGGUUGCACAAAGAGAUGAAGAACAGCACUAAAGCCUCGCUGAAGCUCAAGAAGCGCUGGUUCCUGCUUACCCACAAUUCCCUGGACUACUAUAAGAGCUCUGAGCGGAACGCCCUGAAGCUGGGAACGCUGGUGCUGAACAGCCUGUGCUCCGUGGUUCAGCCAGACGACAAGGUCUUCAAAGAGACGGGCUACUGGAACGUGAUCGUGUACGGCCGGAAACACUCGUACCGUCUCUACUGUAAGCUGCUGAAUGAAGCCACGCGCUGGGCCAACUCCAUCCAGAACGUCAUCGACACCAAAGCGCCCAUCGACACGCCGACCCAGCAGCUCAUCCAGGACAUCAAGGAGAACUGUCUGAACUCGGAGGUGGUGGAGCAGAUCCACAAGCGGAACCCCAUCCUUCGCUACAGCCACCACCCGCUGCACUCGCCUCUGCUGCCGCUGCCGUAUGGGGACAUCCACCUCACCAUCCCGAGGAGCAGGAGCUACACAACGCUGCAGGACGAAGCCCUCAAAGUCUUCAGCUCUCUGCAGCACCUGGAGGGUGUGGCCGACCCAGUGCCCGUCAUCCAGGGCAUCCUGCAGACGGGCCAGGAGCUCAGAGCGCUGCGGGACGAGCUCUACUGCCAGCUGAUAAAGCAGACCACGCGGCCGCCGCAGCCGGGCGGCCCGGGCAACCUGUGCAGCUGGAAGAUCCUGGCCUGCAUGUCCUGCACGUUCGUUCCAUCCAGGAGCAUCCUUAGAUACCUCAAGUUCCACCUGAAGAGGACUCGAGAGCUCUUCCCCGGCUCAGAGAUGGAUCGAUAUGCUGCCUCCGCCCUCGACUCGCUGAGGAAGACCCGCGCCAGGGAGAACGUGCCAUCGCAGGAGGAGAUCCGAUCCAUCGUGGCCCGGCAGGAAAUGAGCACCACUGUUCACUGCCACGGUGGAGGCUCCUGCAAGAUCACCAUCAACUCCCACACCACUGCAGGGGAGGUGGUGGAGAAGCUGAUCCGCGGCCUGGCCAUGGAGGACAGCAGGAACAUGUUUGCUCUGUUCGAACACAACAACACUACAGAGAAAGCCAUCGAGAGCCGCACAGUGGUGGCCGACGUUCUCGCCAAGUUUGAAAAGUUCUCAGCGAGUCCAGACGAGCACAACACCGGGUGGAAGUUCUACUUCAAGCUCUACUGCUUCCUGGACACAGAGAAUGUUCCCAAAGACAGCGUGGAGUUUGCCUUCAUGUUUGAGCAGGCCCACGAAGCAGUAAUUCGUGGUCAGUAUCCAGCCCCUGAGGAGACUCUUCAGUUCUUGGCUGCCUUGAGACUUCAGUACCUCCUGGGGGAUUUCAGUUCCCAGGCCAACAUUCCUGAGAUGUCCCAGGUGUUCCCCAUGGCACGCUUACGGGCCCGGGUGCAGAACUCGGCCAAGACAUUCGCUCCAGGCACUGGUUCCAUGGCUGAGCGCCCGGGAACGUCGGACAGGAAGCGCUCAAGCUUCCUGGAGGGAACGUUGAGGCGGAGCUUCAGGAGUGGCUCGCUGAGUCGGCAGAAGCUGGAGGAGGAGAACAGCCUGGAGGCGUGGAUGAGGGAGGAGGUGGCUGCAGUGAGAACCAGUGUGAUGGACAAAUGGAAAAAACUGCAGGGAAUGAACCAGGAGCAGGCCAUGGUCAAAUACAUGGCCCUGGUGAAGGAGUGGCAGGGUUACGGAUCCACACUCUUUAAUGUUGAGUGCCGUGAUGGAGCGUUCCCCUCUGAGCUGUGGCUCGGUGUUAGCAGAGAGGCUAUAUCUGUGUACAAACGGGGGGAGCUGUGGCCGCUGGAGGUCUUCCCCUACGAGCAGAUUCUGUCCUUUGGAGCGCCGCUGCCGAACUCCUACAAGAUCGCAGUGGAAGGACGCGAGUUGGUGUUUGAAACCAGCAUGGUCAUGGACAUCGCCAAGCUGAUGAAGGCGUAUAUCAGCAUGAUCGUGAAGAAGCGCUACAGUAACUGUCAGUCCGUCAGCAGCCACAGCAGCCAGUGCAGUGCCUGGUGAACGCUGCCGUUAACCUGUGGCCACUGGAGGUCCGAGCGCUGGGCUGCACCAACGACACAUUUCAAACUGACUCCAGCGCUGGAGACAAACCACAAUGCUCUUAAUGUGAAUUGGGCUCAGUCCAUUCAUUCAUUCCAAAACAUUACACAUCUGGAUUAGAACUAUACGCCAUCACCAUCUACUAUGAACAACAUUCUGUCAUGUAGUUAUACAUUUAAUUGUAUUACAUUUACUGUCAUUUAGUUGCCAAGUAGAAGGUAAAUGAAAGUCCAUACAAAAAACAGCAAAGAAAUGUUACAGUUGAAGGUUCAACGCAACCUUGUGUUUUCAUCAGGUCUCCACUAAUGCAGAUGUGUCCUGUUCUGGAAUUAUAACAAGAUCCAACAUGUGGAUUUGUGUGUGAGUGUGCGCGUGUGCGCGCGCCUACAGGCUCUGAAUGUAAAAAAGGAAAUAACUGAUAUUUUAGCCUUUUUCUGUUUCUUUGUAAAGCUCUGGGACUUUUCUUUGUACCAGUAAACGAGGAUUUCUUCACUGUAAAUAAUUUGCAACCACACUUUUGCUGAAGUGCCUUUUUCAAGCGAGACAAACUCCUAUUUGUUGCAUUGAUGCCAUUGUAGGGCCAGAUGCUGCCAUGUUCCCUUUACUACCAAUGUACUCAUGCGCUGCAGAUCCAAACAAUCGACACAUUCGAGCUACAAUCAAGACGGAAACGUCGUCUCACAUGUGGUGAACUAUCAAACAGGGCAGUGAUGCAGUGUUUUUAUCUCCGAAGCCCUUUUUUGACUGAAGCUCCUCUCGUGUAGAUGCUCUUAGAGUCUUAAAGCAAUCACUCUGGUUCGUUGCUUGUUUAGUUGGACUGAUCACAGCGUAACAUUCCUACAACACUGGAGCUCCGCGGGCGGCAGAUCCUUCCAAAGACGCAUGUGCAGAUGUCUUUCACGGUGCCUUCUUGUAUAUUGUGUACACUGUUUUUCUACGAGUGUGUUUUUUCCUAUAAUGUGCAAUGGUUUGUUCAUUCUUUAAUCAUGGGGCUGUACAUUUUUCUAGGUUUUGCUUCUCUCCUUCCUCAGUGAAGGCCACAGGGGCUUUUUCUCUGACCAUCCAGCCGACGGACCUGUCAAACAGUAUCAGCCUUUGUUAUUUUAAUCAAUAUUACCUGGGUUAUGUAUUAAAAAGAUUAUUCUAAUAAUAAAUGGUCACACAUUUGG